UAAAAACACACAACGCUGCAGGAGCCAUCAUCAACUCCGACCAGGCGUCCUGUCAGUGGAGAUGCUGAUCCUCGUCCACAUUAUUACAACUUUGGCCCUGUGGUGGCCCGUCCGGGCGCAGCAGCAGCCGGAGUUUCCGGAUGUUUGCACCGAGGGCAGCUGUUACCCGGCCACCGGUGACCUGCUGAUCGGCCGUGCGCACAAGCUCAGCGCCUCCUCCACCUGCGGCCUCAAGCAGCCGGAGCGCUUCUGCAUAGUGGGACAUCUGGAGGAGGAGAAGAAAUGUUUUGUCUGUGACUCCAGGCAGAUGUACGAUGAAGACAUCAAUCCCAUCAGCCACACCAUUGAAAACGUGGUCACCACCUUCGCCCACAAUCGCCUCAAGACCUGGUGGCAGUCGGAGAACGGUGUGGAGAAUGUAACCAUCCAGCUGGACCUGGAGGCAGAGUUUCAUUUCACACACCUUAUCAUGACCUUCAAGACGUUUCGGCCGGCGGCCAUGGUGAUCGAGCGGUCCAUGGACUUUGGGAAAUCGUGGCAGGUUUAUCGUUACUUUGCGUACGACUGUGAGUCCUCUUUCCCCGGCGUGUCUGCAGGAGCCAUGAUCAAAGUGGACGAGAUCAUCUGCGACUCACAUUACUCAGACAUUGAGCCAUCCACUGAGGGAGAGGUGAUUUUUAGGGUGUUGGAUCCUGCCUUUGAGAUCGAGGACCCCUAUAGCCUGAGGAUUCAGAACAUGCUGAAGAUCACCAACCUCAGAAUCAACUUCAUCAAACUCCACACUUUGGGCGACAACCUGCUGGACUCCCGUGAUGAGGUGACAGAGAAGUACUACUACGCCCUCUAUGACAUGGUCGUCCGUGGCAACUGCUUCUGUUAUGGCCACGCCUCUGAAUGCGCUCCCAUUGAUGGGGCACCAACUGGAGCUGAGGGCAUGGUACAUGGUCGCUGUGUGUGUAAUCACAACACUGAGGGACUAAAUUGUGAGCGAUGCCAAGACUUCUACCAGGACUUGCCUUGGAGACCUGCAGAGGGGCGCAACACCCACGCCUGCAAGAAGUGUGAGUGUAACCAGCAUUCCACCUCCUGUCAUUUUGAUCUGGCUGUGUAUAUGACAACUGGAAACGUUAGUGGAGGUGUGUGUGACGACUGUCAGCACAACACCAGGGGUCGACAGUGUGAGCAGUGCAUGCCCUUCUUCUAUCAGCACCCCAACCGAGACCUGAGGGACCCCAACGUCUGUGAACCAUGUAACUGCGACCCAUCCGGAGCACUGGAAGGAGGACUGUGUGACUCUCGAACUGAUGUGGUAGCUGGACUGAUCUCAGGCCAGUGUCGCUGCAAAGCCAAUGUUGAAGGAGAGCGAUGCGACCACUGCAGACAAGGACACUAUGGACUGGGCCAAGGACCUCAUGGCUGCCUGCCUUGUACCUGUAACCCGCUGGGCACGCUGCCUGGAGGAAACUCAUGUGAUUCAGACACAGGACACUGCUUCUGCAAACGCCUUGUUGACGGACAUAACUGUGAUCAGUGUAUGCCGCAGCACUGGGGUCUAUCCAAUGACAUGGAUGGCUGCAGACCAUGUGACUGCGACCAGGGCGGGGCUGUUGACAAUAACUGUGACCCCCACUCUGGACAGUGCGUGUGCAGGGAGCAUAUGUUUGGACGUCGCUGUGACCAGGUGGAGUCUGGUUUCUACUUCAUCACUCUCGACCACUACACCUAUGAAGCAGAGGUCGCCAAGCACGGACCUGGUGUCACAGUUGUACCAAGGCCUUAUCCACUGGAUCGCAGUCCUACAUGGACCGGUAUGGGCUUUGUCAGUGUACCAGAAGGAGCAUACUUAGAGUUCAACAUUGACAACAUCCCAGAGUCUAUGGAUUAUGACAUUCUGAUUCGCUACGAGCCACAGCUGCCAGAGCAGUGGGAGAAAGUGAAUAUCAGGGUGCAACGUCCCGUCUAUAACCCUCCAAACUACACCAGCCACUGCAGCAACUCCAUCCAGAGUGGAGAUGAGCAGUACAUUUCUCUUCCUCCUGGAUCCAGACAUGUGUUGCUGGUGCGUCCAGUGUGUUUUGAAAAAGGACUGAACUACACAGUUCGCCUCAGUCUGCCUCUCUAUUCAUCGGCCAGUGACAUCCACAGCCCGUACACACUCAUCGACUCUCUGGUGCUGAUGCCGCGGGUCAGGGAGCUCGACAUGUUCCAUGGGACAGAUGGGGAAGGAGCGUGGGAUACGUUCCAGCGCUACCGUUGUCUGGAGAGCAGCCAAAGCGUCAUCAAAAGCCCCAUGACAGACAUCUGUAAUGACUACAUUUUCAGUGUGUCUGCUCUGAUACACAAAGGAGCCAUGGCAUGCCAGUGUGACCCACAGGGAUCACUGAGUGCUGUGUGUGAGCCAAAUGGAGGUCAAUGCCAGUGUCGUCCCAACAUUGUUGGCAGGAACUGUGAGCACUGUGCUCCAGCCACUUUCCUCUUCAGCCCUGCUGGCUGCAGAUCCUGUGACUGUGACCUUCGGGGUUCAGUGAGCGCCUUCUGUAAUGAAGCCACCGGUCAGUGUGAGUGUGUCUCAGGGGCCACUGGUCGCCAGUGCUCCCACUGCCUGCCAGGUUUUUGGGGCUUCCCUCAUUGUAGACAAUGCCAGUGUAACGGCCACAGCGAGUACUGCCACCCUCAGACUGGAGAGUGCCAGGGCUGCCGAGACUUCACCACAGGGCACCACUGUGAACGGUGUCUGGAUGGUUACCAUGGUGAUCCAGAGCUGGGUUCAGGUGGCCACUGUCGCCCUUGCAUGUGCCCUGACGGACCACGCAGUGGGCGGCAGUUUGCAGACAGCUGUUACCUGUUGUCUAAUCAGCUGGUGUGUGUGUGCAGCCCUGGCUACAGAGGUGCCAGGUGUGAUGAAUGCGCCCCUGGAUACUUCGGGAACCCGCUGGUGCCUGGAGGCCGCUGCAUGCCCUGUCAGUGUAACAACAACAUCGACAUGCAUGAUCCAGGGUCCUGUGAUGCUCACACCGGAGCCUGUCUCAAGUGCUUGUACCAUACCCAAGGCUAUGGGUGUCAGCACUGCAAACUGGGUUACUAUGGCAACGCUGCCACUCAAAGCUGUAGAAAGUGUAUGUGUUACUCAGUUGGCACUGUACCUCAAGGCUGUUCUUCUCCUGAUGGAUGUCAGUGUGACCAGCAUAGCGGCCAGUGCCCCUGCCUGCCAAAUGUCGUGGGUCAGAACUGUGAUCGCUGUGCUGCUGAUACCUGGAACAUUGCCAGUAGGAUGGGCUGCCAGCGCUGUGACUGCGAUCCUGUGCACUCCUUUGGAUCCUCCUGUGAUGUGAUCACAGGGCAGUGCCAGUGCAAACCUGGUUUUGGAGGCAAGACAUGUCGGGAGUGCAGAGAGCUGUUCUGGGGGGAUCCAGAGGUCAAAUGUCAUGCUUGUGACUGUGACCCUCGGGGGAUCUCCAGCCCACAGUGCCAUCGUGCCACAGGACAGUGUACCUGUGUGAAGGGUGUGUCUGGCCAGCGCUGUGACCAGUGUGCCAGAGGGUACCGGGGAGAGUUCCCUGAAUGUGAACCCUGCCAUGAGUGCUUCGAAGUCUGGGACACUGUUGUUGGUGAAUUAACCAACCAGACACAGCGUUUAGAGGCCCAAGUGAAUGAGCUCCAGACCAGCGGGGUGACAGCUCCGUAUAAAGAAUUAGUCAGCAGCUUGGAGAGGAAUGCCAAAGCUGUGAGAGACAUAGUGGAGAACAACCCAGCAGCUGUGAAGUUGGAGCAGAUACAAGACCUGAUGCACCAGAUUACUGGUGUGAUGUCCUACCUGAAUGGAAAGCUGAACACAACAGAGGAGACCUUAGACCAUCUGCACACUUAUGCCAAUGCCACAAGCGUUAGCUUGGAUGCACUGAGAGAUAAGGCUGAGCAACUGGAUCAGAACAUCAAGGAGCUAAGACAGCAGGUGUACAACAUCAAAAAUGCCAAUAUCCAAGGUGCUAUGGACACUAUUGCAGCUGCCCACAUGCAGUCCAAUGUGGCUGAGGCCCGUGCAAAUGCCUCUACGAGUACUCCUGGAAACACAGUGGAGCUGUCAGCUGUAGCACGAAAAGCCACAGAGGCCAAACUUAAAAACAGUCAGAAGGAGUUUGACCGUAAGCAUCAGAGAAACCUGCAGAAGCUGGAGAAACUGGACAAUGAGCUGGAUUCAUUUGACCUGUCACCGCUUAGCCAGAAGACAUGUGGUGGUGCAGCAGAAGGAGAUAGCUGCUCUCCCUGUGGAGGUUUGGGCUGCACAGGUGAGGACGGAGCCCCUCACUGUGGGGGAGAUGGAUGCAAAGGCCUCGUCACAGUCUCUGAAACUGCUCUGAAGUCGGCCAAGGAUUUGGACCAGGGGAUUCUUGCAGCGAUGCAGGAAGUCGAUAAGCUGUCCAGGAUGGUGUGGGAAGCCAAAAUCCAUGCAGAUGAGGCCAAAAUGAAUGCUCUGGAGGUGCUGAAGAAAUCAAACCAGAGUAAAGAGAGAGUGGAGCAAAGCAAUGAGCAGCUCCGAAACCUCAUUAAAGAGAUACGUGACCUCCUCACUAAUGAAAAAGCAGAUGUGUCAGUUAUUGAAGCUGUGGCCAAUGAGGUGUUGGCUUUGGAAAUGCCCACCUCAACUGAGAAGCUGCAGGAGCUCACCAAGGAGAUCAAGGAGAAGGUUGGCACUUUAACCAGUGUGGAGGCCAUCCUGAGUCAGAGCGCCAAGGACAUCCAGGCUGCAGAGAUCCUGCUGCAAGAAGCCAAGGAAGCCAGUAAGAUGGCCUCUGACAUGAAGGAGACAGCAGACGUAGUUAAGGCGGCUCUAGACGAGACUGAGCAUGCUCAGAGUGUUGCCAUGGAUGCCAUUCAGCUGGCCCAGAACAACACCAAAGGCACACUGGACCUGCUCAUUUCUGUGGAGUCAGAAACAGCCAUGUCAGAGCUCAAACUGAGCAACACUACAGGUCGUCUGGUUCAGCUGGAGAGGGAGGUCGGUCUGUUGAGACAGAACAACCUGGAGGUCAACCACCUGGCAGACACGGCCGACCGGAUCACCAACCAGGCCCGACAGGACGCAGACGAGGCUGAGCAGGAGUUCGAAAUAGAAGUUAAAGAUAAGUUCCAGGAGGCGGAGGAUCUGGUGGAGGAUAAAGGGGAGUCGGUGCUUCAGGCGCGGAGGCGGGCAGAUGAACUGCAGCAGGAGGCCAGAGAGCUGCUGGCCCAGAGCAGCAGCAAACUGGAGAGGCUCAGAGUGUUGGAAACCUCCUAUGAGGCCAACCAGCGCAUCCUGGAAGCCAGAGCUGCGGAGUUGGCCCAACUGGAGCAAACAGUCCGCCGCGUCCUGGACGAAAUCAGCUACAAAGUCACACUGUACAGCACCUGUCUGUGAUCACUGGGACGCUCCGGCAUGUAACACCCUUUACUGUUCAUAUGUGUCCAGGCAAGGAUUUUAAUAGUGCCAAAUGUUUUGAAAGCAUUACAGAUCACUACUCCCAAAUGAUUCCCAAAGGAUUUUUGUAGGCCAUAAAACUGAACGAUAGAAUGUGUUUGACAGUGUCGAUGCCAAAUGUUUUGAUUGUAUUUGCCAGUAACUUAACACCCAAGUAAAUUAAACAGCUCAGCCAAAAAAAACAAACCAAACAGUGGAAACAAGUUUUAAACAUGCCAAAGAAUAUUAAAGAAUUACAUGUACAAAAAUGGGGCGACAAAAAGCCAAUGUGAACUCUGUAGUAGAAUCCAUGUUUUAACUGUAUAAGUUACUGUCAUAGUUAACUAUCAGUGAACAUAUUUGACCAGAUUUGACAGUGUGAUUAUGUACUUAGUAACCCCAAAGACAUGAGUUUUUGGACCAAAAAGCCUUUCUGAAUGGUGCGACUAUAAAAAGAAUAAAAUUGGAUUU